GGUUCAGAGUCCCACUCACUGACUGUCAGAUCAAGAUCAGACUAGUCACAAACUGCCUAGCCGGAUAGAGACAAAAUACUAUUUCGGAUUGGGCUUAAACAUGGGACUUAAAACAGUAGAAUGGACAUUUCUUUUGUGCGUCUGUGCCUUGGGAAUUCAAAACUCAUUGUCGUUCAUUCAGAGUAUGAGAGAAAUUGAGCAAAACUGUUUCCGAGACGGUGGUUACUGUAUCAAUACAAUCCCGCCCACUCCACCAAGACGCCGCAAUAACAACAGACGCCGUGGAGGCGGUGCUAGAGGCGGAGCUGGUGGCAGAAUGGGUACUCGAACCCGAACGGGAUCAAGACCUGAUCCCAGAGCGCUAGGUGCCCAACACACACGCCUUCCAGGUUCGACCCAACCAGCCGGCGGUGCUCCCCUUGCUGCCGGGGCACCAGCAUAUCCACCUCCUGCUCGUGGAGCAGCUAACAAUCCGCCACCACCAGCCGGACAGACACCAACUCAACAACAAAACAAUGGACUUUUUAAUUUUGGAAGCAACCCUAACGAUCCAUAUGGUUCCUUAUUCAGUAUGAUGAUGUUUACCCGAAAGAAGCGUCAAGCAGGUGUACCCGAACCCCACGAACGCCCACGAAGACGACAGGGACAAAGCAUGUAUGCGUUCCUUAAUCAACAUUGUAGGAAGUCUGAAUUUGACUUUGGCUGUCGCAGAGAGGGUGGGAUGUGUUGCUUGCCAUUCCUAAAGUAAACCAGUAACUAGACUUAGGGAGUAGAAAUGUGAUUUCAAAGAAGUCACUGUCAAGGUGAAUGACAUAUUAUAUAUGUCUACAGAUGAAAAAAAAGAUGAGCGAAGAAAGAAAAAGGGAAAAUCAUCAAAGCAACUUCUAUACGAUAUAUCAUAUUAUAAGCACAUGUUGUAUGUCCAAUGAAUAUAUUUUAUUUAUAGCCAUGUUUGUCAUUGAAGGUUAAAGCACAUACAUGUUAAAUGGUGCAGAUUUUUUUUUUAUCAAAUCGCCUUUCUUUAUAUAAUAAUAACCUACUUUUGUAACAGAAAGAACAGAAAGUUUAUAACAUAACAGUUGGAGAAAAUAAGUUUACUGAAGGAAAUCUAACAUUUACAUACAAAUGACGUAUAUCAAUAAAAGGGAGUAAACCCUGCGGAAUAUGUUUUGUCAUUUUGACUAUAUAUUCGGGUUGCGAACUGUCGUACAAAUUACCUAUUUACAUGAAAACUUUUACCUAUCAUUAAACGCAUUUUGAAAAAUUCUCGUUGCAAGCACACAUCAAUUGUUAGCUGGGAAGAAACUGGUUUCAUGAAUUUACGUACGCAAUCACGGAUAAAUUAUUGUACAAGAAAAAGGUCAUUUAAACAUAAAUUUGUCCAUCACAUUUAGAAAAAACUCAACAGCUUUAAUUUUCUGUUAAGACGACUUAACUGAUAGGUAAUUCAAAUAAAUGCUUCUUUUUUUUAAAGUAAUCACGGAGGCCAUUCUGUGUUUCCGUAUAAUACAAUUCCGUGUGGGAUUUGUGCACGUGGCAUUAACUCUAAUAAUCAAUCGAAGUCUGCUAUUUUGCUCCUUCAUUGCAUUAUAUGGUUUCAAAAGAUGUUCUUACGAUUUCUAGUUGUGAAGUGUUGUCAGUAGUUCAAAAAAAUUAAAUCAUGAAGAUACACAGAAUCCAGUUGUGUUUUUAUGCACAUAUCUAUCCGCAAAUGUGUGAUUGUCUGCGUUGUGUGUAAUGUUUUUAUACACUGUUAAAUAUUUAUGGUUCCGGAAUUUGUCAAUAAAAUUUGAGAAAAAAUA